AUGACAGCCGUUCUACGGUCGGCUGAGGAAGAAGCUUCACCGUUAACGAGAAAUCUUGGAAGUAUACUUAUAAAGGUGAUGAAGAUUGCUGUGAUCGGCCAGUCGGCCUUUGGAGUGGAUGUCUACAAGGCCUUGCGCAAAAAUGGUCACGAAGUCGUAGUUGUGUUCACGAUUCCGGACAAAAAUGGUCGUGAAGACUUGCUCGUUCAAAAGCCAGCUCGAUGGAGGAAAAAGGUCGCUGAUGGCAAAUUCCAGGUGCCAGGAGCAUGGGCCACGAUGAACGGCGAGAGAGUCACUAUGUUCGGAAGCAAAAUGUGGCGUAGCAAAGUUCCGCCACCAGACUCUCGUGAAGUGGAAGUCGCCGAGAUACCCGGUGGCAAGGUCACUGUUGACACGAUCAAAGUCGGAUCGAAAACGAUGCCAGCCCAUAAAUACGGUCUGGAAGAAGAGCAAGGCGAGAAGCUGGUUUACACAGAAGAAGAAAAGAAAAUCGUCGAGAUUGUCAAGAAAAUCUGGGAAUCGAUCCUGAAGCAGCCGGUGUCAGAAGAGACGGACUUCUUCGAAUCAGGUGGAAGUUCAGCCGACGUUACUCGUCUCUGCGAAGAAGUCAAAUUCCAUACAAAAGCCGAACUUGAGAACACAGCGAGUUUUGCCGCCAAAUUGCGAAUACUUUUUUCUUAUAUUGUGAUGAACGUUAAACGGCUGUACGACACUAUCAACCCUAAUGACGAGUCAGUGAUCUGUAAAAUUCCGAAAGCAGACGUCAACGACUUGAACAAAGCGGUCGCUGCAGCAACCGCUUUUGAAAAUGGUGAGUGGCGAAAAAUGUCGGCUCGUGAUCGUGGAAAGAGACUAUACAAACUGGCCGACCUGAUGGAAGAACACAAGGAGGAACUGGCCACACUUGAGUCACUCGACGCAGGAGCGGUCUAUACGCUGGCACUGAAGACGCACGUAGGAAUGUCAAUCGAUGUGUGGCGCUAUUUUGCUGGAUGGUGCGAUAAAAUCGAGGGCCACACAAUCCCAAUUUCGAACGCCCGACCGAAUUUCAACUUGACGCUAACAAAGCGCGAACCAGUUGGUGUGGUCGGUCUGAUUACACCUUGGAACUACCCGCUUAUGAUGCUAUCGUGGAAAAUGGCUGCCUGUUUGGCCGCCGGAAACACGGUCGUUCACAAACCGGCUCAG